AUGUCCCAGGGUGAGCUGCAGAUGUACUCAUGGGCGGAGAUCGCCAGGCACACAAAGGAGGACGACUGCUGGGUGGUGAUGUACGGCAAAGUGUUGGAUGUGAGCAAGUGGCUGCACGAGCACCCUGGCGGCCUCGACCCCAUCAAGGACAUGGGUGGGAUGGAUAUCACGAACAGCUUCGAGAGCAUCGGGCACACAAGCACAGCGUUGUUGAAAAGCAAAGCUUUCAUCAUCGGCCGCGUGGACCCGGAGGAGUCGAGGAUACAUAAGGAGGCGGCUAAGAAGGCGUCGACUCCAGCCCCAAAGUGGUCGGAGACGACGCGCGAAGAGUUACGGCAUUACAAGGGUGGUGAGGGUAUUAUCCCGCUGCCCGUGAUUAUCGGCGCGGCAAUUGCCGUCCUAGCCCUUCUAAUCUAUCUGCUGAAGUGA